AUGAUCUCGCGUCCGAGUGUGAAUCGCUAGACGCGUAAUUAGGAUCUGACGUUGACAGUUCGAAAGUGUAGUGGCGAUGGGCGUGAUUUGCUCAUGAUAUCACAUUUUUCAUAUUCCUUGUGUUUUCAUAUCGGAAUUGAAAUAUUACGAAUACACAAAUGUUGAGUGAUUCUCCGAUUUGAAUGUAUCGGAAAUAUUACAAGGACACGAUGAUAUUUUGAUCAUAACGUAUGUCCACAAGGUUUAGCUUAUGGUCAUCGUAUACGUAAUUUUUCUAUCGCAAUUUUCACAUGUGGCUACAUAUUGUUUUCAAUCUGAUAUCUGUCUCGAUCGAUUUUACACAUGCAUAUUUUGAAACUAUUCACAUCAUUGUCACUUAUACGCAACUGUAUGUAUGUAUAUUCAUUUAGCGAUGGCUGCGAGCAAUAAUAGUUUUAUAAGUAAGCCAGCGCGUGGAUGGUUACAUCCGGAUCAUUUAGUGAGUAAAGAAGGAAUCAUCUACAAAGUAAAGUAUAUAGGAUGCCUCGAAGUAUAUACCUCCAUGAAGAGCUUAGACUUUGAAACACGUUCGUGUGUAGCCAAGGAAUGUAUAAAUAGAGUUUGUGAAGCUGCUGGAUUGAAAUCUGCCGAUAAAAAAAGAUGGGUUGACAUGAAAGUGUUGAGAGCUAUAGCGGAUAAACCCUGCAUGGAGCAUACUGCCACUAAUAUCAAUCUAACUAUCAGUAGCUGCAGUUUAUCCUUGAGCUGUAUCGAAACUGGACAUAUCAUCGCCAAACAUGACAUGCCCCGUAUAUCUUUUGCUUCCGGCGGUGAUACGGAGAUACUGGAUUUUGUUGCUUAUGUCGCUAAAAAUAUGCAAGAGUGGCGUGCUUGUUAUGUACUUGAAUGCAAAGGCGGUUUAGCACAGGACGUUAUAUCUACUAUUGGACAGGCAUUUGAGCUUAGGUUCAAAGAAUUUCUUACGAAACCGGGUUCCCUGCACCCUGCGUUGAAUGGUGUGAGGGAAGCGGAUAGGGAUUAUUACAACGAUCUCCCAGGAAAAGUACCGCCGGAUAUUGGUCCACCGCCAGUACCUCCUUUGCCGAACACAGCGUCUACUUUACCUAAUCUGAGGCAUCAUCACAAUCACGCAUCGCGCAGUCACGCGCUGAAUACCGCGGUUGAUUCGUUCCCCCCUACCGUUGAUAAACACCAACAGUGGGCAGAAACUGGGAACCUGAUCGAUCUGAACUCGGACGGCACGAUAUCCGCAUCGACGAAUUUGAAUAAUGUGCCUGAACACAAUUAUGUCAACGAUAAUGUCGUAGCGACGAAUAGAGAUAACCAUCGUGAGCCAGCAUCCCUUUUCGAUGUUUUCGACAUGGAACCGUUUAGUUUAGCAAUAUCGGACAUGAAUAGACUGAGUCCUCGAUCGCAAAAACAACAAUUGAAGCAAGAAAUUUGGUUUCACGGGAGUGUCAGCCGAGCCGAAGCGGAAUCUAUGCUUACUAGAGAUGGUGAUUUUUUGGUUCGAGAAUCUCAAGGCUCCCCUGGUCAAUAUGUUCUGACUAGCAUGAAUGACGGAACGCCGAAACAUUUGUUACUGAUUGAUCCUGAAGGCGUCGUGCGCACAAAAGAUCGUGUAUUCGAUAGCGUGAGCCAUUUAGUGCAUCAUCAUUGUGACAAUGUGUUACCUAUUAUAUCGGUCGAUAGCGUCCUGGUAUUACGUUAUCCUAUUCCCAGGCAUACGAAUUAUUGAUUAUUUUGUAAUAACGUCUGAUAAUAAUUAAGGCCACAAAUUUCAUAGCGAUUUUCCCAUAGUUCCCAUAUUUCUCAAAUUUCUGCACGUCUUUGGCAAGCUUGGUUUUUUAAGAUAGAUGUCGAUAAUCAAUCGACCUAAACUCGCGCACUAUACACCAAGUGCAUACAUAUUUUGUUUGUAAUUUCUUUUUGAUAUAUGAAUAGAUGAUUUAUGUUAUCAUCUA